AUGGUUGAACGGAAGCGUGUGUUUGACUAUGCCAUGGACCUAGUCAUGUUGGCUGGCGUCGCCGCAACAACCUACAUGUUUGUCCGAAACUACCUUACCCCCUAUAUCAACACGCUUGUCGACCCGGACAGAGAGAAGCACGAGCAGGCAAGGAUAAAAGCUCGGGCGAAUCUUCAGCGGCUACGGAGGACGCCAAAUACGAAAGAGCUUGAGGGCGGAGAAGGCGAAGAUCAUACGGAUAGUUCGCGACACGGGCCACGGGUCGAGGACUUGGUUCUGAAUGAAUAUGAGAAUCUUGUUGCCCUCGAGGUUGUCGCGCCGGAAGAUAUUCCGGUCGGGUUCGACGACAUUGGUGGCUUGGAAGACAUCAUCGAAGAGCUCAAGGAGUCUGUCAUCUACCCCCUGACGAUGCCACAUCUCUAUUCCCAUGCUGCGGGACUCUUAGCGGCGCCGUCGGGGGUAUUGCUCUACGGACCACCAGGGUGCGGAAAGACGAUGCUUGCCAAAGCCGUUGCUCACGAGAGUGGCGCCUCCUUUAUCAACCUCCAUAUUUCAACCCUUACCGAGAAGUGGUACGGAGACUCGAACAAGCUCGUCCGCGCAGUAUUCUCCCUGGCUUUCAAACUCCAGCCAGCUAUUAUCUUCAUCGACGAAAUCGACGCAGUACUAGGCACUCGGCGAAGCGGGGAGCAUGAAGCGAGCGGGAUGGUUAAAGCGGAGUUCAUGACCCUCUGGGACGGGCUGACAUCCACGAAUGCGUCAGGCAUCCCGGCAAGGAUAGUCGUGCUCGGUGCCACGAAUAGGAUCAACGAUAUCGACGAAGCGAUAUUGAGGAGGAUGCCGAAGAAGUUUCCGGUGCCGUUACCUGGAAAGGAGCAACGCCGGCGGAUCCUGCAACUUGUCCUUGGAGACACAAAGUCCGACCCGGAGCACUUCAACUUGGACUAUGUGGCCAAGAUCACGGCCGGAAUGUCGGGAAGCGAUAUCAAGGAGGCUUGCCGAGAUGCUGCCAUGCUUCCUAUGAGAGAGUACAUCCGGAGUCACCGUGCGUCAGGCGCCGCCAUGUCGAGUGUCAACCCCGAAGAGGUCCGGGGCUUACGGACAGAAGACUUCUUCUCCCGCAAGGGUGGUGCUCAGACACUUUCACAAGACCGGCCCGCGAGAUCGAAGCGAUCCACCGGUGGCUACGAGGAUGUGGAAGAGGAGCAGGUUGUCACGGAUGGUGUUGAGUCACAGCGAACCGCGAUGGCCGCCCCAAACGGCAGCGCAGGCGGUGUUGGCGGCGUCGCAGCGGCCAAGUCUACUAACAAAGCCCUAUCCCGGGUCGAUGCCGACGGCCACGAUCUGCCGCCGUCGCCGGCGCCAUCCAGCCCCCGCAACGGGCGGCGGCGAUAUGCGCUCGCCACCGAGCUCGUCUACACCGAGAGCAAGGACCAGUACGGCGCCUCGAGCGUGCCCAUCUACCAGUCUGCGACGUUCAAGCAGACGUCGUCCAAUGGCGGGAACGAGUACGACUACACCCGGUCCGGGAACCCGACCCGGACGCACCUCGAGCGGCACCUCGCGAAGAUCAUGAACGCCGGCCGGUCCCUCGCCGUCGGCUCCGGAAUGGGGGCGCUGGAUGUCAUCACCCGCCUCCUGAGGCCCGGCGAUGAGGUCGUCACGGGCGACGACCUAUACGGGGGCACCAACCGGCUGCUCACGUACCUCGCCACCAACCAGGGCGUCAUCGUGCGCCAUGUCGACACGACGAACAUCGAUCGCGUCAAGGAGGUCUUGACGGACAAGACGGCCAUGGUCCUCCUGGAGACGCCGACCAACCCGCUGAUCAAGAUUGUGGACAUCCCGACCAUCGCGAGGGCGUCCCACGAGGCGAACGAGAAGGCCCUGGUCGUCGUGGACAACACCAUGCUCUCGCCCAUGCUGUCCAACCCGCUGGACCUCGGCGCCGACAUCGUCUACGAGUCCGGGACCAAGUACCUCUCCGGCCACCACGACAUCAUGGCCGGCGUGAUCGCAUGCAACGACGCCCAGCUCGGGGACAAGAUGUACUUCACCAUCAACAGCACGGGCUGCGGCCUGUCGCCCAACGACUCCUUCCUCCUCCUGCGCGGGGUCAAGACGCUGGCCAUCCGCAUGGAGAAGCAGCAGGCCAACGCGCAGCGCAUCGCCGAGUUCCUCGAGUCGCACGGCUUCCGGGUCCGGUACCCGGGCCUCAAGUCGCACCCGCAGUACGACCUCCACUGGUCCAUGGCCCGCGGCGCCGGCGCCGUGCUCUCCUUCGAGACGGGCGACACGGCGCUGUCGGAGCGCAUCGUCGAGGCCGCCCGCCUGUGGGGCAUCAGCGUCAGCUUCGGCUGCGUCAACAGCCUCAUCAGCAUGCCGUGCCGCAUGAGCCACGCCAGCAUCGACGCGAAGACGAGGCAGGAGAGGCAGAUGCCCGAGGACAUCAUCCGCCUGUGCGUCGGCAUCGAGGAUGUGAAUGAUUUGAUUGAUGAUCUGUCGCGCGCACUGGUUCAGGCAGGGGCUGUGACUCUUACAGUAAACGGCUUCCACGCGGAUGAGGUGGUCGAGUCAGUAUAG